CUUUCCCUCUUCUCCACACACAGACAACACAAUACUCCCUACCCCCAUGGAAACGCACGUCCUGUCUGUAACUUCUCCUUUUUCUCUCUCCUGUCUAAAUUUCUCCUUCCUCCAUCUCCGCCGCUCUAUCUGCUCCCCAAAAAUUCCCUCUCUCCCACUUUCUCUUCCCUGAGACACCCAUGUUCCUUACCCAGCUCCUUCCCCAAAUGCUCAAUUAAAACCUUAGAAAAAAAAAACUAACUCUUUUGAAACUGAUACAAAACCCAAUAAUUUUCUUGCAUUUUCUUGACGAUUUCGCGGCAUUUUUUUGCGAAGAUGAAGAAACCUCUUCUGGGUUUUGUCUUUCUUUGUCUGCUCUCAGUUAUUCUCUCUGUUCACUCUCAGUCAAGUGCCACAGAUGCCUCAGUAAUGCAAGAACUGAAGAAAAGUCUCAACCCGUCGAGUUCACUCGGCUGGACUGACUCAGACCCAUGUAAUUGGGCAAAUGUUCAGUGCUCCAAGGACAAACGGAUCACUCGGAUCCAAAUCGGGCGUAAAGGGCUCACAGGGUCACUCCCUCCAAACCUCAACAAUCUCACUGAUCUACAGGUUUUUGAAGUUCAAUUCAAUCAACUCACUGGGCAGCUGCCGAGUUUUUCCGGGUUGAGUUCACUCCAAACCACUUUACUCAGUAACAACAAUUUCUCAGCUAUACCCUCUGAUUUCUUCGAUGGUAUGACCUCUUUACAAACUGUUUUUCUUGACUACAAUUUAUUUUCUUCGUGGUCUAUACCUGAUAGUCUCAAAAGUGCUUCAGCUCUCCAAACUUUCUCAGCCACUUCUGCUAAUAUUUCCGGGGCAAUCCCUGAUUUUCUUGGCCCCGAUACAUUUCCUGGAUUGACAAACUUGCACUUAGCUUUCAAUUAUCUUGAAGGUGGACUGCCCUCUAGUUUUUCAGGGUCUUUAAUUCAAUCUCUAUGGUUAAAUGGACAGAAAAGUAGUUCUAAGUUGAAUGGCAGAAUUGAUGUUCUACAGAACAUGGCUCAAUUGACUGAAGUUUGGUUACAUGGGAAUUCAUUUUCUGGUCCCUUACCAGACUUUUCUGGUUUGACACAUUUGCAGAAUUUGAGUUUGAGGGAUAAUAGUUUUACGGGUCCGGUACUAGCAUCUGUGGUAGAUCUUCCUUCGCUUAUGGUUGUUAAUUUGACUAAUAAUAUGUUGCAAGGACCAGCUCCGAAGUUUAAAUCUUCAGUUCUAGUGGAUAUGAAUGCUGGGUCUAAUAGUUUUUGUUUAAGUGAUGCUGGGGUUGAUUGUGAUCCUCGUGUGAAUAAUUUGCUUUCUGUUGUGGAAGAUGUGGGUUAUCCGACUGUGUUUGCGGGUAGCUGGAAGGGAAAUGACCCUUGCGCACAGUGGUUGGGGAUAACAUGCGUUAAUGGCAAUAUAACUGUGGUGAAUUUUCAAAGUAAGGGACUCACAGGGACGAUUUCUCCAAACUUCUCAUCGAUUACAUCAUUGCUAACAUUGAACCUUGCAAAUAAUAAUCUUACCGGUUCUAUUCCAAAUGAGCUUACAAAUUUGCCUAACCUCAGAGAGUUGGAUGUUUCAAACAAUCAGCUGUAUGGUAUAAUUCCAUCGUUCAGGAGCAAUGUGCUUGUAAAAAUUGAUGGCAACGCCAAUAUUGGGAAGAAUUCUCCUCCUCCAAAUACACCAGGGUCACCGGCCGGUAAUAUACCAGGCUCACCCACAGGUAAUACACCAGGCUCGCCCACGGGUAAUACACCAGAGGCUCCUGGAAAUAGUAGCAAUAAAUCUUCGACUGGUGUUGUUGUGGGUUCAAUAGUUGGUGGUGUUUGUGCUGCAGUUCUCUUUGCUGGAUUAUUUGUCUGCGUUUACAGGGCCAAACAUAAGCGUCCUGGUGGUGUACCUCAUCCAAAUACCGUGGUAAUUCAUCCUCGUAAUUCGGGGUCUGACGAUACUGUUAAAAUCACGGUGGCUGGUUCUAGUGUUAAUGGCGGGGCAAGUGAAACUUACAGUCUUGGAAGCAGUGGACCUAGUGACAUUCAUAUCGUUGAGUCCAGAAACAUGGUGAUUUCCAUCCAGGUUCUAAAGAAUGUGACUAACAACUUCAGUGAAAAGAAUAUACUUGGAAAAGGUGGAUUUGGAACUGUUUACAAAGGGGAGCUGCAUGAUGGGACUAAGAUUGCGGUUAAGAGAAUGGAAUCUGGGGUCUUGAGUGAGAAGGGUUUGGAUGAGUUCAAGUCUGAAAUUGCGGUUCUUACUAAGGUCCGACAUAGGCAUUUGGUUGCGCUUCUAGGUUAUUGCUUGGAUGGAAAUGAGAGGCUACUUGUUUAUGAGUACAUGCCCCAGGGUACUCUUAGCCAGCAUCUGUUCAACUGGAAGCAAGAAGGAUUGAACCCCCUCGAAUGGAUGAAAAGGCUGACUAUUGCAUUGGAUGUAGCCCGAGGUGUUGAAUAUCUACAUAGUUUAGCCCAACAAAGUUUUAUUCACAGGGAUCUUAAACCAUCCAACAUUCUUCUGGGAGAUGAUAUGCGGGCUAAAGUUGCAGAUUUUGGACUGGUUCGUCUUGCUCCCGAAGGGAAAGCUUCAGUCGUGACAAGACUAGCUGGAACGUUUGGGUAUCUUGCACCUGAAUAUGCUGUGACUGGACGAGUAACUACUAAGAUUGAUGUGUUCAGCUUUGGAGUGAUUCUAAUGGAGCUGAUUACGGGAAGAAAAGCACUAGAUGAAACCCAGCAGGAGGAUAGCAUCCAUCUCGUCCCAUGGUUCCGUAGAAUGACCAUCAACAAGGACUCAUUCCGUGAGGCCAUUGAUCCCGUGAUCGAUCCUGAUGAGGAAGUUCUUGCCAGUAUCAACACUAUUGCUGAGCUGGCUGGCCACUGCUGUGCAAGGGAACCCCAUCAGAGGCCCGAUAUGGGGCAUGCAGUCAAUGUGCUCUCAUCUCUCGCUGAGCUCUGGAAACCAGCAGACCCUGAUCCUGAAGACGUGUAUGGAAUCGAUUAUGAUAUGACCUUACCACAGGCAGUGAAUAAGUGGAAGGCUCUUGAAGGAAUGAGCGGCAUUGAUGGUUCUUCAUCUUAUAUUGGCAGCAGCGAUAACACCCAAACCAGCAUACCUACUAGGCCAUCUGGUUUUGCUGAUUCAUUUACAUCCGCCGAUGGACGAUGAAGCUAAAAACAUAAUCAAUGGACAGUGGGGUUCUAGUUGGUGGCUCAUCUGAGGUGUAGUUUGUUCAUUCUGUUUGUUUCUUCCUUGCUUCUUCUCCCAUUUGGUUCUUCUUGCAGGGUUUAUUAACCUUUCCCAUAUUUUUGGGGAGGUGAUUUUCAAUUUUAGUUUGGAUAACUUAUACGUCCCUGCUCCUCCUCCUCCUCCUCCUCCUCCUCCUCAGAAGUUUUGGGUUUGCAAAGAGAUAAAAUUAUAUAUAAAAGAGAUGAUGUCUUGUUGAUUGCUUUUGGUCUUUUGUGCUAUGUUACAUUGCUUCUCUCUUGGGGUGAUUGGUUUCCCUUAAAAAUCACACCAUAUCAACAUAAUUUGUAAGUUGGUGGAUUGUAGUGGAUGAU